AACUUUUGGGAGUGCGGCUUGCUGCUUCUGGGAGCUGCAGCUUGCUUAUUUCUGUGAUCUUUUCUUACCGUGUUUGUUCUGAAAGCUGCUGAAGCCCCGCCGAUUCCAGAGCCAUGGAGGUAGCGCUGGUUAAGGAUCUGCAACAGGACGCCAGCCUCGAAAAGAAGCGGUACAUGGAGCUGUGCAGGCAGGGACGGGUCUUCAACGCCAGGAACAGGAUUAUUGGGGGAGACACACAAGCCUGGGAUGUCCAAGUUCACGACCAGAAGAUAAAAGAAGCAACUGAAAAAGCUAGGCAUGAAACUUUUGCUGCUGACAUGAAGCACAAUGACAAAGUCAUGUGCAUACUCCAUGACCGCGAACAGAGGGACAGGAAACAACUCUGUUGCGCUAUCAAUGACUUCCAGCAGAGCUUUCAGAAGCCAGAAACUCGCCGUGAGUUCGAUCUCUCGGACCCCCUGGCCCUCAAGAAAGAUCUCCCAGCCCGGGUGUCAGACAAUGACAUGAGGAACACCGUAUCAGGAAUGCAGAAGUUCAUGGGAGAGGAUUUAAACUUCCACGAGAGGAAGAGAUUCCAGCAGGAGCAGAACAGAGAAUGGUCCCUGCAACAGCACAGAGAGUGGGAGAGAGCGCGGGUUGACCACAAGCUUGCAGAGGACUUCUACACGCAGACAAGACUAAAGUUCGAUGAAACAGCCAGAGACUUGCAGAAGCUAGAAGGCUUGACCAGGAAGGAAGUCUGUGCAGCCAUGAAAGAGUUCAACAAGAACCAGGUUAUGGAGUUGGCAGAACGGAAGAGGCAAGAGAAGCAGAAAGAGCAAGAGGACAAUAUGACUGAGAUCACCAACCUGCUGCAUGGGGACCUGCUCUCUGAGAACCCGCAGCAGGCAGCCAGCUCCUUCGGGCCUCACCGUGUAGUCCCUGACCGCUGGAAGGGCAUGAGCAAGGAGCAGCUGGAGGAGAUUCGCUUCACUCAGAAGCAACAGAUCCAGGAGAAGCUGAGGCUUCAGGAGGAAGAAUGCCAGCACAACAUGGACUGGGACCGUCGCAGGAUCCAGAAGGCUCGCGCCAGCCUACUCCAAGAGCGUCAGCAGCAGCGCUUGCAGCGGGAACUGCGCAAGGCUCUGGACUGCAGCAACCUCAGCCUGGCCAAGGAGCAGCAUUUACGGAAAAAACAAAUGGAUAAAGCCUCCACAAGUCAACCCACAGAAGAUUAUUUCUCACAGUUUAAUACAAGAAGCCGCUAAUAGGAAAGACUCCUCUUUUCUUGUUUAUAGUAGUGUGGUCC